AUGUCCAAGACCACCGAACUCCAAACACUACAAUCCCUCCUCUCCCCCUCCGAAAUCCUCACGCAAAACCACGAUGGCUACCUGCAAGAAUCCAUCGUCUGGGCACAGCAGGCAUACCAACACCCAACCCUCGUGAUCCGACCAAACUCCAUAGACUCUCUCUCGAAAGCCGUCAAGUUCCUCACCGAUUCCUCGCUAGACUGGCAAGUCAAGACCGGUGGAGCGGGUGGCGCAUCCGCCACGGAUGUCGUGUUGUCGAGUCGAGCGUUCAACUCGACGGAGUUUGUGCGCGAAGAGGAGGUUGUAUAUCUCGGCGCUGGGGCGCUGUGGGCGGAGUACUAUGAGGUUAUGGAGAGGGUUGCGCCGGAGUGGACUGUUAUCGCGUGUCGAACGCCGUUUAUCGGCGUUGCUGGGUCAAUCAUCGCGGGUGGUUUCAGUUGGCUUUCGGGGGAUUAUGGAUGCACGUCUGAUCCGGAUAAUAUGCUUGAUGCGCAGGUCGUCAAGCUGGAUGGGAGUGUAGUCUGGGCGAGCGAAGAGCCGGAUUUGCUUUGGGGGUUGAGAGGCGCUCAGCUUGGUCUUGGAGUGAUAACGAAAUUCAAACUCCGCGCCCGCAAAUACACCCAAAAAAUCUGGGGCGGCAUGAUCCUCAUCCCCAAAGGCAAACCCAACGAACAAACCGUCGCCCGCGGCAUCGCCAGCAUGGACACCGGCGUGCCCCUCCCCAAAGUCUCCAUGUUCCUCUACACCCUCUCGGGCAUGCUGGCGAGCGUCCUCGGCGGCCGCGGCGACGACGUGCUGGUCCUCCACAUCCUCGACGCGAACGGCGAAGAACACGGCCGCAAGCUCUUCGGCUGGGCCUUGGAGAUCCCGGGCGCGGUGGAUAAGACACAAGUGCUGAAUAUGCAGGGCUUCGCGAAGUUGCAGGCCGCGGCGGUGGCGAAUAUGGGCAAGGCGAAGGCGUGGGGGCAGGCGAUUACGAUGGCGAGGGUGACGGAACAGGUCGUUUUGGAUGCGUUUAGGUGGCUUGAGAGGAUCCAGAAGGGUGGGGGGAGGAUUGCGAAGGAGACGUAUUUUCUUUUUGAGUUGUUUUCGAUGAGAGACCCCACCACCCCGUCCUCUGAAUCCGCAUGGCCUCGCCCUCGAGACGCCCGGCAUGUCUUCCUAACGAGCGCUGGCUGUGGUCCCGACGCUGGACAAGACGAAGUCGAGCAAACGAUCCAGAUCGGCAAGAACGCUUUGAAAGAAAUUCUAGGCGACAAGUAUGAGGAGAGAUAUAUAGACACGAAUGCUUUGGAUGAGUGGAAUGAUCUUGAGACAAUUUAUGCGGAGAAUUGGAAGAGGGUGGUGAAGGUUAAGAGGAAGUAUGAUCCGAAGGGGAGGCUGAGGAGUAUGCCGGCUGUUGAUUGGAAGGAAGUUGAGGAGAGGUUGGGGGCUUGA